AUGCCUUCUGAAUAUUUAUUGAAUCAGAAAAAGGUAGUGGAAGGUUAUUGCAUGCUAUAUCAAAUAUUUGGACAACAGAAAUUAGUAAAUUCUUUUCCAACUUACCACGAGUGUUUCUUAUUACUUUUACAUAUUCUAGUAGCUAGACUAGGGGAAUUCCCGAAAUAUUACCCGACAGUAAUAUACGUUGCUAGUACACCAGAAAAUAAAACCAGAGACGAUUCUUCGGUAUUCGAUCGACGAAGCUACGAUACCACUAGAUCUAAAUCAAAUAGUCCAACUAGUAGUAAUACACAAAAUCCUAGUCCAAUAAAUGGUCAAGUUUCAAAACAAGGUGGUUUAACAAUAGUACGUCGUUCGAAUAGUCGUAAAGGUAAUCUAUCAUAUCAAUCAGUUGCUCAAUCACCAUCUGGUGCAUUAGAACAACAAGAAUUCAUUUCUGGUACAUCGAUACCACCAUCAUCAACAGGAGGGAUAAUAACAUCAGCGGCAACAACAGCAUCAAAUAUUAGUAGUAGUAGUGGUACUAGCAACAAUAUUAUAAAUAGAACAAGUGAUACAAAUCCUUUUAUACAAUCAUCAACAACAUCAAAUAUAGCAACAACAUCAUUUAUUAAUAAUAGGACAAUCGAACAACAACCACAACAACAAUUACCACAAGAUCAACAAGAAUCUUUUUUACAAAAACAACAAAAAGAUAAUUUAUAUAGUGAACAAUACUCAAAUAUAAAAGAAUUACCAUCAGUAUCAACAGGGACAACAUCUAUAUUAACUGCAAUGAAUAGAUCAAAUAAAGCUACAACACCAACGGGUUCAGCUACUGUAGUAGCAACAACGUCCGGUAGCGCUGGUUCGAUAACAACAUCUGCGAGUUACGGUGAAAUUGAUAUCGAUACAAUUGAUUUGACAACAGAUCAAUUACCUGCCGUCGAUACACCAGAUGCAUGUGAUAAAGCCGCAAUUAGAUUACGAUGUCUAUUGCGACUUUUACAACGUGGCGAAAUAUCAGCUGAAGUGUUGCAAAAAAAUCUUCAUUAUGCAGCACGUGUUUUAGAAGCAGUUUUUAUAGAUGAAACAAAUCCCCGUCUGCAACGUUUAAAUAGUAGCCAUAAUCAAGAUAAUUCUGAAAGUAAUCAAAAAUCGGGGCAAGUUGAACGAAAAGAUAGCGAUCAAGAAAAUAAUACCCCAACGAUUAAAAAUAGUAAUAAUUACGGUAGUAAUAUUCAAAAAACUGAUAUACAAAAAAAUACAACACAAAAUAGUAGCUAUAAUAUUAAUUUAGCGAGUAACAAUCCUUUUAUAACAAAUACAAAUAAUAGUGAUAAUAGUAAUAGUGUUACAAAAAAUAUAUGUAGUAGUAGUAAUAUAAAUACAAUAUCACAAACACAUACAAUAGAAACAGCUACAACAAAAACAAUAACACCAGUAACAUUAAAUACAUCACAAUCAUUAUCAUCAUCAUCGACAAUAGCUUCGUCGUCAACAACAAAAACAAAAAAAAUAUUAGGUAGAACAAAAGGUGUAUCAACAGCACCACAAACACAUAGUGGACCAACUGGUCCGCCAUUAUCAAAUAUAAUAUCAAAUAUUAAUAAUAAUAACAAUAAUGAUAAUAAUAGUAAUAAUAAUAAUUAUAAUAAUAUAAAUGAUAGUAAUGAUAUUAUUAAUGAAAUACAAUCAUUAUCAUCGAUAACAACAUCUAUAACAUUAACACAACAACAAGAAUCAUUAACAAAUACAACAGAUAGUAAUAAUAUUAAUUUAAUAAAUAAUAAAAUAUUAGAUGAUAGUAAUUGUAGUAGUAAUAAAAUAAUUUCUAGUGAUAAUGUUGACAGUAACUUAAUAAGAAGUGAUAAUGGUGGUGGUGGUGGUGGUGGUAGUAAUUUUGAAAGUGGCAAUGAUAUUAAUAAUGCGAUGACAACAUCAAUAUUAACAACAACAUCAUCAACAAUAGUAUCAUCAACAACAAGAUUAAGAGAUAGUAAUAUUACUACUACUUCUACAAAUUCAACAACAACAAAUAAUACUACUACUACUGAUAUAAAUAAUAAAAAUACAUCAAUAGAUGGAGAUAAUAAUUCAAGUGGCAAUCAAUUACAAGACAAUAGCGGUGAUAAUAGUAGGAUUACUAAUAAUGAAAAUAAAAAUAAAACAACAUUACAAAGACGACGAUUACGUACACCAGUAUGGGCGAGAUCUAUGUCAAAUAAAAUGCGAUUAGCUGAUGAAGAUGAUGAAUUAUCCGAAGUUCAACCGGAUGCUGUACCACCGGAAGUUAGAGAAUGGUUAGCAUCAACAUUUACAAGGCAAUUAGCAACAACAAAGAAACGUAGUGAUGAAAAACCAAAAUUUCGUUCAGUGGCACAUGCAAUACGAGCUGGUAUAUUUGUUGAUCGAAUAUAUAGACGUGUAUCGAGUUCAGCUCUUAUGCAAUUUCCACCAGAAGUUGUUAAAGUUUUAAAGAAUUUAGAUGAUUGGUCAUUUGAUGUUUUUGCAUUAGCUGAAGCAGCUAAUAGCCAACCAGUAAAAUAUUUAGGAUAUGAUUUGCUCAAUCGUUAUGGCAUUAUACAUAAAUUUAAAAUAUCACCAACUGUAUUAGAAACAUUUUUAACACGUAUCGAAGAAGGAUAUUGUAAAUUUCGUAAUCCAUAUCAUAAUAAUUUACAUGCUGCUGAUGUAACACAAACAACACAUCAUAUAUUAUGUCAAACGGGUCUUAUGAAUUGGUUAACUGAUUUAGAAAUAUUUGCAACAUUAUUAGCUGCCUUGAUACAUGAUUUUGAGCAUACCGGUACAACAAAUAAUUUUCAUGUUAUGUCUGGUUCUGAAACAGCAAUGUUAUAUAAUGAUCGUGCCGUAUUAGAAAAUCAUCAUAUUAGUGCAGCAUUUCGUGUUAUCAAAGAAGAUGAAUGUAAUGUAUUAGCGAAUUUAUCACGUGAAGAAUAUCGUGAAUUACGUACAUUGGUUAUUGAUAUGGUAUUAUCAACGGAUAUGUCCUUCCAUUUUCAACAAUUAAAAAAUAUGAAAAAUUUAUUAACAUUGGAUUCACCAACUGUUGAUAAAUCAAAAGCACUAGCAUUAGUUUUACAUUGUUGUGAUAUAUCGCAUCCUGCCAAAAAGUGGACCUUACAUCAUCGUUGGACAAAAUUAUUAUUAGAGGAAUUCUUUAGACAAGGUGAUUUAGAACGUGAUCUAGGGCUACCAUUUAGUCCAUUAUGUGAUAGAAAUAAUACAUUGGUAGCUGAAUCACAAAUUGGUUUUAUUGAUUUUAUUGUUGAUCCAAGUAUGUCUGUAUGUUCCGAUAUGUUAGAAUAUAUAUUGGCACCAAUAGCACCAAUACGUACAACAAAUUCUGGAUCAAUUGGUUCUGAUAAUAAUAAUAGUAGUGAUAAAAAUGAUGAAAAUAAUAGUUCAAAACCACCAACAAAUUCAAUAACUGGUACAACAUGUGAAUCAAUAUCUGAAAAUGCUGAAUUAGUUAAGAAUGGUAGUAAUCAAUCACAAGAAUUGGGACCCGAUGGUAAACCAAAAUUUAGAAUUAGAAAACCAUGGGCAAUAAUGUUAGCUGAAAAUAAGAAAAUAUGGAAGGAACAGGCUGUGAAAGAUGCUGAAGCCCGUGCAGCAGCCGCUGCAUUACUUGAAGCAGCAAAUUCAACUGACGAUGCAAAUACAACUGAAAAUGCUGAAACUGAAACUAAAACUGAUUAGUGCUUUUUUGUCAUUAAGAUAAAAUUAAUCAUCUAUUAUUAUCAUUAAUUAUAAUUUCAAAAAACAAAGAAAAAAACUGAAAAAGUUUUAAGAAAAAGGGAAAAAAUUUUAUUUAACAAAAAAAAAAAAUGGAGGGAAUUAAAAAUUUAUUACAAGAAAAAAAAAAAAUUGAAAUUAUUAUAACAAUGUUGUUGUAGAGAAAAUAACAAAAAAAUUUUUAAAAAUAUUGUUUUUUAUUAAAAUUAAAAACUUACACAAAUUUAAAAAUAAAUUUUAUCAUUAAAAUCAAUAAAAAAAAACUUUAAUUUAUUAAAAAAAAACAAAUUACUAAUUAAAUCUAUUGACUAAAUAUUAAAUUUAAAACCAAACUAAUAUUAAGUUUUAUUUUUAAUUUAUUAUUUUAUUAUUUCUCAAUUUUUCAUAGUUAAAUUUUUUUGUUAACAAAUUAAUUAUAAUGUUAAAAACUGAAAUUUCAAAAAAACAGAAAAACAAAUUUCCAAAAAAAAAAAAUAAUUCAAAAAACAAAACAAAACUUUUUUACUCUAUUUUAACGAAAAAUAAAACAAAAAAAAACACAAAAACCUUCUAAUAUUAAAAAAAUUUUAUAAUAGUAAAAAAAUAAAUACGUGUACUAAAAAUACAAAAUAAUAAAUGUAAUUGUAAAUAAAUUAAUUGAAAAUAAAAAAAAAUUGUAUUAGAAAUUCAUUUAGAAAAAAAAUACUUAUUAAUUUAUAUAAAAA